CGAACUGCUUCUCGAUGUUGACUUGCUCCAUCGCGUGUACGUAAACCUCCGAGUAGAACAAUUCCAUCGCUUCAAGUCAAAGCAGUCAAUCCCGAUCAGCAUUUCCGGUAGUGGUCGGGUCGUUAGGCUUUCAGGAGGCAUGAUUUUCUAAACCACCCUAACCCCUCGCAAUCCACCAAAGAUGGCCUCCUUGCGCCCCGGGCCGACCGAGGCCAUCUCCGUCUCCAGUGGAUCAUCGUCCACCCCUCAGUAUACGCCUGUCUCUGAUCGCUCCGAGAAUGAUGGUUCUCCCAAUCCAAAUCGACCAACGGCUGGGUCCCUGAGAGUUCAGACAGCCUUCAGCUCAGACGGGGAGUCGUUUACUGACGACGGGUUCGAUGAAGGAUAUGAAUCCUACGAAGAUGUGCAGCCCCUUUCGAAUAGUAGAACAAGCAUGCCAAAGUACACAAAAGAGGAAGAGAAGGGGGUCAUCAAGCAAUUCGAUCGCAAAUUGGUCCCUUUCCUAGCUCUUCUCUAUCUACUUUCGUUUCUGGAUCGCUCGAACAUUGGAAAUGCCAAAAUUGCCGGUCUCGCAGACGACCUGCAUCUCUCGUCAUCGCAAUAUGAAUGGCUCCUCACGGUCUUCUACAUCACCUACAUCCUCUUCGAAUGGAUGACGCUCAUGUACAAAGUCGUCCCACCGCACAUCUACAUCGCUCUCUGCGUCUGCGGCUGGGGCCUCGUCGCAUCUUUACAGUCGCUCGCUACUUCAUUCGGAGCUCUCGUCUUCCUUCGAGCAGCUCUCGGCAUUACCGAAGCAGCAUUCGGUCCUGGCGUGCCCUUCUACCUUUCACUCUUCUACAAGCGCGAAGAGCUCGCCUUCCGAAACGGCCUUUUCAUCUCCGCUGCUCCCCUCGCCUCAUCCUUCGCCAGCAGCCUAGCCUGGCUCAUUGUCCGCGUGAGCGACAACGGCCCAAUCGCACCCUGGCGUACCCUCUUCCUAGUCGAAGGGUUCCCCAGCAUCGUCGUCGCCGUCUUCGCCUGGAUAGUCAUCCCCGAUACACCAGGCAGCGCCUCAUUCCUGAACCCCCGACAGCGGGCAAUCGCACAGCUCCGCAUGGACGAGCUCAAAUCCAACCACAGACCACAUCAGCAGCAAUCGCAACAACGCAAAUCCUUCAACUGGAAAGAAGUCAAGAAGACCCUCGCCGAUCCCAAAUCCUACAUCACAGCCUUCAUGUUCUUCAGCUGCAACGUCGCCUUCAGCUCCAUGCCCGUCUUCCUUCCCACCAUCAUCCAAGAGUAAAAUACUUACCCCCUACCCACUGCCCCCAAUACUCCCCCAAAAACUAACAAAAACCAAAACAGCAUGGGCUACAGCUCCCUAACAUCCCAA